AUGGGUCAGCAUGGCUCUUGCUCCAAUGAGGAUCGACAGACUCACGAGCUACGAACGGUGGGCAGCGACUUGGAUCAGCAUGGCUCCAGCUCCAACGAGGAUCGACAGACUCACACCCUGCGAACGGUGGGCAGCGACUUGGAUCAGCAUGGCUCCAGCUCCAACGAGGAUCGACAGACUCACAUCCUGCGAACGGUGGGCAGCGACUUGGAUCAGCAUGGCUCCAGCUCCAACGAGGAUCGACAGACUCACUCUCUGCGAACGGUGGGCAGCGACUUGGAUCAGCAUGGCUCCAGCUCCAACGAAGAUCGACAGACUCACUCCCUGCGAACGGUGGGAAGCGACUUGGAUCAGCAUGGCUCCAGCUCCAACGAGGAUCGACAGACUCACAUCCUGCGAACGGUGGGCAGCGACUUGGAUCAGCAUGGCUCCAGCUACAACGAGGAUCGACAGACUCACGAACUGCGAACGGUGGGCAGCGACUUGGAUCAGCAUGGCUCCAGCUCCAACGAGGAUCGACAGACUCACAUCCUGCGAACGGUGGGCAACGACUUGGAUCAGCAUGGCUCCAGCUCCAACGAGGAUCGACAGACUCACCAACUGCGAACGGUGGGCAGCGACUUGGAUCAGCAUGGCUCCAGCUCCAACGAGGAUCGACAGACUCACAUCCUGCGAACGGUGGGCAGCGACUUGGAUCAGCAUGGCUCCAGCUCCAACGAGGAUCGACAGACUCACUCUCUGCGAACGGUGGGCAGCGACUUGGAUCAGCAUGGCUCCAGCUCCAACGAAGAUCGACAGACUCACUCCCUGCGAACGGUGGGAAGCGACUUGGAUCAGCAUGGCUCCAGCUCCAACGAGGAUCGACAGACUCACAUCCUGCGAACGGUGGGCAGCGACUUGGAUCAGCAUGGCUCCAGCUACAACGAGGAUCGACAGACUCACGACCUGCGAACGGUGGGCAGCGACUUGGAUCAGCAUGGCUCCAGCUCCAACGAGGAUCGACAGACUCACCAACUGCGAACGGUGGGCAGCGACUUGGAUCAGCAUGGCUCCAGCUCCAACGAGGAUCGACAGACUCACUCUCUGCGAACGGUGGGCAGCGACUUGGAUCAGCAUGGCUCCAGCUACAACGAGGAUCGACAGACUCACGACCUGCGAACGGUGGGCAGCGACUUGGAUCAGCAUGGCUCCAGCUCCAACGAGGAUCGACAGACUCACUCUCUGCGAACGGUGGGCAGCGACUUGGAUCAGCAUGGCUCCAGCUCCAACGAGGAUCGACAGACUCACGACCUGCGAACGGUGGGCAGCGACUUGGAUCAGCAUGGCUCCAGCUCCAACGAGGAUCGACAGACUCACAUCCUGCGAACGGUGGGAAGCGACUUGGAUCAGCAUGGCUCCAGUUCCAACGAGGAUCGACAGACUCACUCUCUGCGAACGGUGGGCAGCGACUUGGAUCAGCAUGGCUCCAGCUCCAACGAGGAUCGACAGACUCACGACCUGCGAACGGUGGGAAGCGACUUGGAUCAGCAUGGCUCCAGCUCCAACGAGGAUCGACAGACUCACUCUCUGCGAACGGUGGGCAGCGACUUGGAUCAGCAUGGCUCCAGCUCCAACGAGGAUCGACAGACUCACGAACUGCGAACGGUGGGCAGCGACUUGGAUCAGCAUGGCUCCAGCUCCAACGAGGAUCGACAGACUCACAUCCUGCGAACGGUGGGCAGCGACUUGGAUCAGCAUGGCUCCAGCUCCAACGAGGAUCGACAGACUCACUCUCUGCGAACGGUGGGCAGCGACUUGGAUCAGCAUGGCUCCAGCUCCAACGAAGAUCGACAGACUCACUCCCUGCGAACGGUGGGAAGCGACUUGGAUCAGCAUGGCUCCAGCUCCAACGAGGAUCGACAGACUCACAUCCUGCGAACGGUGGGCAGCGACUUGGAUCAGCAUGGCUCCAGCUACAACGAGGAUCGACAGACUCACGAACUGCGAACGGUGGGCAGCGACUUGGAUCAGCAUGGCUCCAGCUCCAACGAGGAUCGACAGACUCACAUCCUGCGAACGGUGGGCAACGACUUGGAUCAGCAUGGCUCCAGCUCCAACGAGGAUCGACAGACUCACCAACUGCGAACGGUGGGCAGCGACUUGGAUCAGCAUGGCUCCAGCUCCAACGAGGAUCGACAGACUCACAUCCUGCGAACGGUGGGCAGCGACUUGGAUCAGCAUGGCUCCAGCUCCAACGAGGAUCGACAGACUCACUCUCUGCGAACGGUGGGCAGCGACUUGGAUCAGCAUGGCUCCAGCUCCAACGAAGAUCGACAGACUCACUCCCUGCGAACGGUGGGAAGCGACUUGGAUCAGCAUGGCUCCAGCUCCAACGAGGAUCGACAGACUCACAUCCUGCGAACGGUGGGCAGCGACUUGGAUCAGCAUGGCUCCAGCUACAACGAGGAUCGACAGACUCACGACCUGCGAACGGUGGGCAGCGACUUGGAUCAGCAUGGCUCCAGCUCCAACGAGGAUCGACAGACUCACCAACUGCGAACGGUGGGCAGCGACUUGGAUCAGCAUGGCUCCAGCUCCAACGAGGAUCGACAGACUCACUCUCUGCGAACGGUGGGCAGCGACUUGGAUCAGCAUGGCUCCAGCUACAACGAGGAUCGACAGACUCACGACCUGCGAACGGUGGGCAGCGACUUGGAUCAGCAUGGCUCCAGCUCCAACGAGGAUCGACAGACUCACUCUCUGCGAACGGUGGGCAGCGACUUGGAUCAGCAUGGCUCCAGCUCCAACGAGGAUCGACAGACUCACGACCUGCGAACGGUGGGCAGCGACUUGGAUCAGCAUGGCUCCAGCUCCAACGAGGAUCGACAGACUCACAUCCUGCGAACGGUGGGAAGCGACUUGGAUCAGCAUGGCUCCAGUUCCAACGAGGAUCGACAGACUCACUCUCUGCGAACGGUGGGCAGCGACUUGGAUCAGCAUGGCUCCAGCUCCAACGAGGAUCGACAGACUCACGACCUGCGAACGGUGGGAAGCGACUUGGAUCAGCAUGGCUCCAGCUCCAACGAGGAUCGACAGACUCACUCUCUGCGAACGGUGGGCAGCGACUUGGAUCAGCAUGGCUCCAGCUCCAACGAGGAUCGACAGACUCACGAACUGCGAACGGUGGGCAGCGACUUGGAUCAGCAUGGCUCCAGCUCCAACGAGGAUCGACAGACUCACGAACUGCGAACGGUGGGCAGCGACUUGGAUCAGCAUGGCUCCAGCUCCAACGAGGAUCGACAGACUCACUUCCUGCGAACGGUGGGCAGCGACUUGGAUCAGCAUGGCUCCAGCUCCAACGAGGAUCGACAGACUCACUCUCUGCGAACGGUGGGCAGCGACUUGGAUCAGCAUGGCUCCAGCUCCAACGAGGAUCGACAGACUCACUUCCUGUGA